AUGCCUCUCGACACAACCAAAUUCUCGACCAUGACGCCUCUCCCGGUUUUUCCAGUCUCCGACGACUACCUCAGCAAGCACGCCUCCCCUCCGCCAGCCGUCCUUUUCCCCUCAUCUCCCGCACCGCCAGACGAGCCAACCUUCAUUCCCUUCCCGACUCGCUCAAAAUCUCCGCCCGCGCGUUCCUCCCGUCUUUCAGUCGCGUCAAACUCCUCGACCAAGCGAGACUCGACUCUGAUCUCCGGCCCUCGCCCUCCGUUCCUUCGCCAACGGCAGACUUCGCUGCCAGCUAGUCUCGUCGCCUCGCGGCACUACUCCUUUGCUGGCAACUUGGCAUCAGGCGCCAACAGGUUCAGCGUCGCGAGCUUCUCGAGCUGCGAGAGUGUGGCGGAGGAGGAAGAUAUGGGCGAGCGGACGAACGGCGGUCAGGCAGGAAAAGCGGUCGCGACCGGGCAAUCCGCCUCAUCGCCCGCCUCUCGAAGAUCGUCGAUAUCUUCGAAGAGAUACUCCGUCUCGCCUCUGGAGGGCCAGUACCAGUCUUUCGCAUCGGCGUCUGUCUCUGCGGAAGCGCUGGGCCAGCCGAACAAAUCGUCCGUCUCCAAGGACACCAACGCUGCGCCCGUUGUAGCGAAGCGGAAUGAGCGACGGUGGAGAAUUGCGGAGGAGCUGCGGGAUACGGAGAAGGGCUACGUUGCCGUGCUUGAAGAAGUCGACGAGCUCUACUACCAACCGCUUCUCUCCGCUCUCCCAAUUGACGACCCGCUCUCGCGACGAAGCUCGAAGCGGUACUCGGCGAUGUCGGCCGGCUCAACACCGUCUCAUUCGCCUCGACAGUCGAUCGACUUCCAUUCCCCGUCCCCCGCACAACCUCCUUCUCGCACAAGGACUUCCACAGCCAACUCCCUCCCUCUCGAUGAUAAGACAAGCUCGUCCGCCUCGCCGCCGCAGUCCAUCCUCAGCCGACGCGAAAUCAACGAGAUCUUCUCGAACUUCGCCGACGUCCUUAACCUCUCGCGCUUCAUGCUUGCCACGCUCGAGGAAGCGAUCCCUCCUCGACCAUCCCAACCUGUCCCUCUCGUUCCAGCGCGCGAGUCGACGACGACCUCGUCAACCACGUCCCGCUCGGCGCCGGAUCAAACGACUACUGCGUCACUAUCGACAAGCGUCGGGUCGGAAGCGUCAUCGCCGGGCGAAGGAGCUCUCGGUAAUCAACCUCGACAGCGAACGCUGUCAACCCGGAGCGACGUCCCUCGCCGCCGCCGACAACCCGCUCCCCCUCUCGCACUUGGCAAAGCCCUUCUCCCCGUUCUUCCAUUCCUCAAGCAGUACUCGCUCUUCUGCGCCAACUACGGUUCCGCCCUCUCACGCCUCGCACGCCUCGAACAGUCGACGAUCUGGCGGGAAUUUGUCGCGAAGCAGGAAAAGCUGCAGGCGGGCAAGAUCGGGUUAGCAGGGCUGCUGCUCGGUAUCGUACAGCGAGUGCCGCGGUAUCGACUGCUGCUGCAAGAGCUGGUCGAAUACACGGACGACGACCACCCGGACGCAACUGAUCUCGAGGCUGCGUUCGCUUUGGUCGACCAAGUCGCCACUCACCUUGACGCGCAGAUUGCCUCUCACACCCAUUCCCUCGAACUUCUCGACCUCCAGCGCUCCUUCCACACCCUCCCCUUCACCCUCAUCGAGCCGGGCAGACGCCUGCUCAAAUCUGGCCUGGUCAUCAAGAUCGCCAACUCGGGCAAGGAGGAGAAGCGACGUUUCUUCCUCUUCUCCGACAUCUUGAUCGAGGCGACGCAGGAAGACGACUGGUCCGCCUUUGCGAGCGCGUCUGGCUCCACGUUCACCUUCCGACAUCGGUUCGAGCUGGACGAUGUGACGGUCGUCGCUAACGACGAGACUAGCGUGGACGGAGUGACGAAGUACGGCAUCGAGGUGCUAUCGUCUCAGCAGUCCUUUCUCGCCUUCGCCGAGUCCGGCAGCGAACGAGAUCUCUGGCUGGAAAGUCUCCGAGGCGCCAAAGCGCAGCUCAUGAGCGACCGGACGACCCUCCAACGCACGAACAGCCUCAACAGGGCUCCUUCCAGACGUGCAGAUCCUCGCAGUGACCGCCGCAUCUCGCUACCGCCGGCAGCCUCGCCGACUCCGUUCGCUCUUAACCCGUCUUCCCUCUCUCACCUCGUCGUACCUGCGCGCCAAAUCUCGCUUCCGCCCGCACUCGGCUACAUUCCUCCGACGCCGAACGAGGAACUCGACAAGCAGCUCGCGGUGGACGAACAGCAGAUCUCGCAUUCUCCCCUUUCUUCGCCAACUCUCCCGCCUGCACCGGCAUAUCCAUCGUUCCCGCGACAGUCGUCGGCGCCAGCUUUCGGAUCUUCUGCGCUGGCCACUUCCACCACGCCGUCGGCGUCACCGCAAGCUCCUGGGAGACCUUCCCUCAGUCGUGCUCGUCGUUGGUCAGAAGCGCCGUCCAUCGCCUUGCAAGCACUUUCCUCCGCCCUCGCGCUCGACCCGCUAGCCGACGCUGACGGCAUCGAGUAUCCCGUCGUUGACGAAUACCGCGCGCCUGUCUGGGUCCCGGACUCAAAGGCUUCACGCUGUAUGAACUGCCGGACGCCUUUCGGUCUGUGGCGGCGCAAGCAUCACUGCCGUCUCUGCGGCAACAUCGUGUGCUUUGCAUGCUCGAACAAGUACUUCCUCAUUCCCGCAACGCUACUCUCUGGCUCGUCCGGCGCACCUGACAGUCUCGCUGAGCCGGACCGCCUCGCCCGCUCCUGCGAUACGUGCUACGACUCCCUCUUCCUCCCUUCUUCUCCCUCCGCCUCGACCCUUUCACGCUCCUCUCGCCUUCUCGCCUCUCGCCCUGCGCCCGCCGACCCCGAGAUUGCCAAGCUUCCGCCUACGAUCCGAGUGCGCAGCGAGACGGGCAGAGGGCGGGUGCUCGGUGCUUGGGACGCGGCAGGCGGCGGCGGCGGAACCUGGAAGGGGACGUGGUCGAAGAGACGGGUCGGUGAGGUCGAUUGGGCAGCUUUGAGGGACACGGACGGAGCGGGAAGUGAGCCGGUACAGGUGCCAGCGAGGAAGAGCAGGGCGAGAAGGGAGAGCGUGGUGGACAAGUUGCGCGGGCUGCUCGCUCGAGGCGGUGUGGAGGCGACAUAG